AUGGCUCCCGCAUCACCACCGCCCCCCUUCGCCGGCCAGCAGGAGCGUGGACGGAACAAAUCGACGCCGCUGGACACGCCGCUCGUGGGAUGCGCCGGCGGCGCUCGGCGGCAGGGCUCCUCCUCCCCAAGGCCCAGCCAUACUUCUCACGUCGGCAUCCUCCGUUCACUGAAGAAUACAGUGCCGAUAGAGACUACGGCGGGCACACCGCCGGAGCUACCGGAGGAACUCUUGAUGACCGUCUUCGGCACCCUCGAGAUCCCCGACCUUGUACGCGCUGCUUCCGUCUGCACCUCGUGGCGCUCCGCCUACGCCGCCCUGCGCAGCCUCGGCAAGCACAAGCAGGCCCAGACGCCGUGCCUGCUCUACACCUCUGAAUCUGCUGGUGACAAUGUUGCGUGCCUCUACAGCCUCGUGGAGAAGAGGGUUUACAGGUUGACUCUCCCGGAGCCGCCUCUCCGCAGAAGGUUUCUGAUUGGGUCCUCGCUCGGUUUCGUGAUCACCGUCGACGAUAUAUCUGAAAUGCACCUCGUCAAUCCUAUCACUGGUCAACAGAUUGCUCUUCCUUCAGUGACCACCAUGGAGUACGUGAAGCCCAUCUUUGAUGACUCGGGUGCUGUCCACGAGUACGAAUACCCAAGUCAUUUUGCAAGACGAGCUUUCUUCGCGCCAUCGAUCGUCGCUCGCUGUAAGCUGCGAGAACAACUCCAGAUCAAGGCGUUUUUGUUUCAUGAUACAUCCACAGGAAGCUACAUCGUGGCGCUCAUCCACGAGCCAUACAAUCACCUCUCGUUUGCAAGAGUAGGGGAUGAAAAGUGGACCUUGCUGCCACCACACCAUCACUAUCAGGACUGCUACAAGGAUGGGUUGUUGUACGCGGUGGAUAUAAAGGGAGAAAUCCAUGCCUUCGAUCUUAACGGUCCUGCUUUUACAAUGAAGAUUAUCAGGGGGGUUGACGAGGAUUUUUAUCCCGAUGCCAUAUACAUUGUUGAGGCCCCAUGGGGGGGUCUGCUGCUUGUUUCAAGAUUUAAAGAGUUUGAGGAUCCUGCUGAAGAUGGUGUCCCUGAAAUACCACAUACUACGGAAAUCAAAUUACACAUAGUUGAUGAUGGCACAGGGAAGCUUGUGGAAAUUGAUUGCUUGCCUGACCAUGUGCUGUUUCUUGGGCACAACGAUCCACUUUGUCUGAGUGCCAAAGAUUACCCUGCUCUCAAGGGAAAUCAUGCCUACUUUACUGACGAUGAUGAGUACAAUAAAAACCGUAAGAGUAGUCGUCGUGAUAUUGGAGUAGUUGACUUGGGCAAUUGUAGUAAGGAGGACCUUGUGUCUCCUCAGCUUUGGUCCAACUGGCCUUCUCCCGUGUGGCUUACACCCAGCUUUACGGUGAUGGAGGGCGAUUGCAUUGCUUAG